AUGGCGGAACCAGCAUUCAAAUCUAAUAGAGUAACAUAUUUACCGGAUGAAUUAUUGGAUUGCAUCUUCAAAUCCCUCAACGGCCACCGCCGCACUUUCAAGUCUCUUUCCAUGGUUUCCAAACAAUUUCUCGCCAUCACAAACCGUCUCCGAUUCUCCCUCAAGAUCAUUGAUCAAACGAUCCCUUAUCUUCCUCGCCUCUUUCUCCGCUUCCCUAACCUCACAUCGCUCAAACUCGCUAGCAUAUUCAAAAUUAUAGAGGAAGUCGACGAUCUUGUAACCCUAGUCUCCACUUUCCCUUUACACAUCAAGUCGCUCUAUCUCUCCACCAGACCCAUUCAUAGUCGUGCCAAUGGGGUUCAUAAUAGCCAAUACUAUGAAAAAAUUGACAUCUCUCACUUGUUACAAAAAUGA